UCAAAGUCAGUCUUGCUAGGUCGCCACGGAGUAUCGUAAAUUCGUGAAAUCAAUCGAAUGGUUUUAUAAAUUCGAUCAUCGAUUGUUUGUAUUAACAAUCAUUGUGAAACAAUGACCAAGCCUCGGCCAUGUGGUUGUAAAGGUUGUAGAACAUGUUUAAUUUGUGAAACACAAUAUGGAGCUGAAAACUUGAAGCUACAGCUGGAAUUGGAUAAGAGUAAAGGUUAUGUUUAUUGUCCUUUUUGUAAUAAAGCCUGGAGAGGCUGGGACUUGAACUCUUACAAACAACAUCCCAAUCAUGAAGGCGACUCUAUAGAAUAUCCUGGUGUGUACAUCCAAUUGAAUUUCAUAUCGGAAGAAGAAGAAAGAGAUUUGAUGAGAAACAUCGAUGAGGUGCCAUGGGACAUAUCGCAAAGCGGUAGAAGGAAGCAGAAUUAUGGCCCGAAGACUAACUUUAAGAAGAAAAAAGUUGUUGUUGGUAAAUUCGAAGGUUUUCCAGCGUUCUCGAAAUAUUUGCAGGAGAGAUUUGGUAGUAUUGAUUUGCUGAAAGACUACUAUGUAAUUGAGCAAUGUUCUUUGGAAUAUGACCCGAGUAAGGGAGCUUCUAUUGAUCCUCAUAUAGAUGACUGCUGGAUAUGGGGUGAGAGGAUUAUCACAGUCAACUGUUUAUCUGACACAGCACUGACAAUGACCACAUUCAAGGGUGACCUGAAGAAAUAUAAUCUUAAUUGCGCUGAAGAAUAUGGCCCUGUGGUUGAUACUGAUGGCAGUAUACUAAAAGGCCACAAAGAGGACAAAUCAAUGUUGGAAGCAUGUAAAUCUUCACUCCCCAAUGAUAUUAUAAUUAGGAUACCAAUGCCAAGGAGGUCUCUAAUAAUUAUUUAUGGAGAAGCAAGAUACCACUGGGAACACAGCGUUCUUCGUGAGGACAUCACAACAAGGAGGGUGUGCAUUGCAUACAGAGAAUUUACCCCACCAUACCUAAACGGUGACCAGCAAGAAAUUGGCAAUACCAUCAGAAAAAUAGGGCAAAAUUUCUGGGACCACAAAGAUAAAAAAUAUGAUACCGUAGAACCUCAAAUACCUAAUGAUAAUAUGGGAGUAAUGGAUAUUAUUAAAUCUCCAGGAAUUUCCCCGUUGAUCGGGCAAAACAAAAAGGUUGAAAACCAAAUAGCCUAGAAUAGAACAUUCUGGAACUCUGAAAGUUAGUAUUUGUUACCACUAGACAAAUGACGGAAUUUUAGUUUUAGUUUAUAUUUAAUUUAUUUUGUAUAUUAGUAGUUAAAUUGAGGGCAUAUUUUGUCAUCUUGGACUAACCACUUGUCUUUGCAACAUGUCGUAGCUUAGCUACACAGUGCCUUUAGCUAGACGCCACUUUAGCGCUUGUCUACAGAGACACUGACAAGUGUCAAAAUUUACGU